AUGGCGCAGCUUGCUGCAGCUACCAAAUUCCCGAAUGGUACCGACACCAAAAUGAAUUUUUUCAGCUGUGGCCCUAUGAAUACUAUUGCCGUCUCAUCCAUAGAGCUGUUCGAUCGAAAUGGUUUGGCAAUGUACCCGAUUAGAUUAGAAGAUUUGGCAACUGUCAAAUUGAAGUCUUACAAUAAUGGAAACAUGAUUGAAAAAGAUAAAGUGAAUGUAGAAGUUUAUGCUUAUAUGGAGAAUGACGGGACAUGGACGUGGAGAAAUAUCAUUCCGGAGCCAUUCCGAUUUUUGUUAUUUAAUAUCGAUGGCUGUAAAAUGGCUCAUAACUGUCCACUAACAAAAGGCGAUCUCGAAUUAACACUGCCACUUAAUCUCUACAAAUAUGCAAUACUUUUUAAAUUCAUCGACAAAACUUUAGCUCAUCAAUUUAUCAUCAAAUUGUACGACGCUGGAAGUCGUCAAGAAGUUUCCUGUGAAAUCAUUCAGUUUAAUCUUGUUUAA